CUUUCUAGACCUCUCUGAUUGCCCGCCGGCUGCUGCUCUGCCGGCUCUGUUGUAGCUGCGCUGCCGUGUCAGUGGGGGAUGUUAUUCUGGUCAUAUUUAUAAAGGGUAAAAAAAAAAAAACGGGAAGAUGCGCCUGGAGAGGAGACGUCAUAUUUUCAGGGGGAGCGACUGUGUGGAGAGACUGUGACCGAGCCGGGGAGCGGAAUAUGUCGCACUGUCCCUCUGCACGUCGGACCAAAGCGUCGGAUCUUUACCGGAUUAAAAAAAAAAAAACCGUCCUGUGACUGGAUGAUGUGAAUUUCUUUUUCAGCCUCACACAGGAUUUUGAUGAUCGCACCACGUUUCAGCGGGAAUCUGGAUGAUCCUCCAGUCACGCCACCCGGACCCCCAGACCGGUUCAAUGGGAGCAGGACCAAUAGACUGACGGUGCCCUGAAAUACAUGCAGGGAGGCAUCUCUCAAAGUUUAAACAAGUCUCAUUAAGAAAAAUCUGGAUUUCAAGGUUAUGAUACCACGGCCAGGUGUUAAAUUAUUACUGGAGAAUGGCACAUUUCCUGUCUUUAUGUUAGGGAGCGUCAUUUCAGACAGCUGUGUCUCACGGAUUAAGAUAAUAUAAUAAACUAUAAUUAGACUUAUCAAGAACUGACGCCUGGCAGAGUUUAGACAGUCAUUUAGUCUCAAAUGCAACAAGAUUAAGUUAUGUUUCCAGCACCGAGGAUGCCACCCUGGGUGUCCUUUCAAGGAGGGGAGUCUGGAGUAUAAAAAGCGGGAUUUCUGCGUCUUUAAUCGGACGAUUGAUCAGAAGAGGAAGAAGGACACCAUCUUCUACUCGUUUUUGGAUUGGUCCAAAAAUAUUUUUGCGUGCCCCUUGGACUCCUGCACAAUGGGGAUUAUGCUUCAAGUUAUUCUAGGAAUGUUUCAAUUCCUGCUGCUCACCAGAAUACCGACGUCCCAUGCCAAGCUUGCUCACUGGCGGCCGGCAGACUCCCCAAAAUCCAGGGAAGGUCGAGAAGUGCGGCGGUGGUUGGAGGUUUAUUCGCGGAGCGGCUGUGAGCCUCGGGACACUCUGGUGGAGGUUUGGCGGGAGUUGCCGGGGGAGACGCACCAUCUUUUUGUCCCGUCCUGCGUGUCGGUGAGGCGAUGUGGCGGCUGCUGUGCUGACGAGGCCCUGGAGUGUGUUCCCUCGCUCACACACACGCUCACCAUGGAGCUGAUGAGAACUUCCUUCAUGAAACAUGAGCUCAUCGAGCUGCCCUUCGUCGAGCACAGCCAGUGUGAGUGCAGGUUAAAAGAACAGUUUCAGCCAACACCAACCACAAGGCCGCAUCCAAAGCCAACAAGAAAAGACAAGAAGAAGGAGAGGGGAAAGUCCAGACAGAAGACAGCCGGAGCCAUCGGAGCUGUGACCCAUGUUGCCCCAACUCUCCCUCCGCCGUCCUCUCCUCCUCCUCCUCCAUCACCUCCUCCUACCAGUGUCUCUCCCUCUUCGUCUCCCCCUCCCACGUCAUCCACGAGGCCUCAUUGCCGCCCUUGCAGAGGGAGGAAGUGGGUUCUGGAUGAGACGUCUUGUCAGUGCCGCUGCACCAUCAGCGCUGAGAGCUGCAGCUGGAAGAACCGGAGGCUCAACCCUCAACGCUGCAGGUGUGAUGCCAUGAGGACUUGAUGUGUCCUCCCACUUUCUUUUCACCUCCUUGUGUCCUACAUACCCUGCUGAUUCAUCGCCCACUCCCAGCAUCAGUGCCAUGGAACAUAUGGACUCUUGGACAGCCAGAACCUCAGACUGAAGGAAAUAUUAGUGGAAGCACGUGCAAGAACUUGACGUAGCGCUCUAGUUUAGCAGCAAGUUCAGCAUUACAGCCUCUGCUUGUGUGUGUGCAGACAAACAUCUCACCACCUCUUUGGUUCUGUAGCAGAGCUUCUGUCAGUCCACAUGCACAUGCGUGUUCAGACAUGUCGACUCACAAAACACAUCUCCAUAAGUGGAGGAAUGAAAUGACAACUUUGAGAGACCCGUCUUGCUGUGAGAAGUUCUUUUGGUCUGCGUUGAACUUAUAAAUACAAUAAUUCAGUAGAAACAAUUGACAUGAAGUGGAUCAGUCACUCGCAGAUGUCAUACAUAUUGACGCCUCACUGGAAGUUGUGAUUUGUUAUUCGCAGGCAAACUGCACAUGGAGACAGAUUCCAUGGGGAAGUCAAGACCAAUUUUUGCGCGAAGGAUUUAAAAAACAACUGCAACAGAUUACAGGUGGACACAUCCACACUCAGACAUCCCAGAAGGACACAGGACAUGCACAUGAACUGGCACCCCAGUGUGCGUGGACCUAUAGUUGGGCUGAAUGCUGGGAUGGAGCGAGAUCUGUGUGGUCUCCCCACUGAAAGAACCAGAUGGGUUAUCCCUGCAGCCGUUCUCUCUCAUUCAAAGUGCAUGACCACGGGCUGGCUCUCCAAGCCGCUUUCCAGCAUUUGUUUAAUUUGGGCCUUUUGUCUCCAUCCUUCCUCGGCUCCUCGAUUGAAAGCAGCCGCUUUGCCUCUCUUUGCCUCUCUUUUAGGCAGUGAGGAGAAUGACAAUAAUGAGGCCUGGCGGCUGUCCACUGCUUCACACACAAACAUUCACACUUAUAAUACCAGGAACACAUACGACACCGCAAAGGCAGACACACACUCGCUCUGUGCUAUAGCAGGCACACACACACCCACACACACACACACACACACACACACACACACACGCUUAUUUACACACACACACGCAAUGUGAAAUGAAUGCAGGUAGCCAUAAGCUUUUGUUUGUGCCACACCAAGUGUGCAAAUAUGUCUGUUGUUUAUAUUUGCAAUUUACUGCAAAGUCUUCAUUUAAUAUUGUAUUACAUGCCUCUGUUUUUUUUUUAUGUUGUUAUAAUUCUGUCAAGCUGAUUGAAACGAUAUUCUAUAUUGCAGAAUGUG